AUGACACGUGGAAGAUAUCAACAUUUUGCACUGCCAUCGAAAGUGGCUACAGAAAAUCGUCUUCGCUUCUUUGAUAAUGUAUUAAAUAGACAGGCAGAUCGCUUUGUUCAACGAGUUUACGAAGUAAUUCCCAACGAGGAGCGAGGCGUAAGGUUUCGGAAGAGAUGGAAUAGCGACGAAUGGAUUGAUUCUGUGCAAGCUCUCGCAGAAGAUCGAGGUUGGGCGGAGCUAUCUAUCUAUCUACUAGCAGAGAUCGGCACACCUCGGCGAAGAUGCGAGUAUUCGCGUCAGGCGAUGACAUCAGCCCGCCGAUUAAGUCAAGUUUGGCGACGACCUGUGGUGAAAGCUAAGCUCACCGAGGCAGGGCUGCUUAGUCUGGGGAAAAGUCUUUUUGCCACUCCAGCACAUUCACUGCCUCAGUACCCUGCACACCGGGCUCUGCCGUCUCAGACGUUGAACGGUAUGGCGACCGGUGAGAGACGAUCAAAUCUCAGGACGUCAUUGAUUCUGGACCAAGGCGACACACGCACGACUCGCCAUGGAGGCUAUCUCAGACUGUGUACUUACAGCGCGAGAGCAGUGUCCACAGACGCUGACUUGCAUGCCCUUCUCGGAGCUGCAGAGCGUAUCAAAUUUCACGUGACUGCUCUGCAGGAGACCAACUGCAGAAGGAGCGACGUAGGACAGGUGAAUGACGGUACACUCGUCAUUUGUGGAGAGAAGGUUCCGUCGCGAAAUGUAGGCGGUGUUGGUUUUGUUAUGCACCCAUCCGUCGUCCAUCUUGUCUCACGAGAUCCUGUCACCUCGUUUGGUCAUUUUUCGCCCCCUCCCUCUGCGCCAAAAACCCAUCAGUAUCACCAAUUGCUACUCACCAACAUCAGCAGCUGA